UUAUUCAACUUGUUUUGUUUUAAUUUUAGUUCCAUGAAUUUUAUCUUCAGCCUGUUGGAUAUUUUCUUGCUCACAAUACUCUUGGAAGUGAAAUUCAAAUGAAGCUCACAAGAAAAAGUAUUAUUGCUAUUCGUGAUACCGGACUCAUACCGAUAGCUCUGGUGAUGGAUCAGUCUACAACAAAUCAAAAAAUGAUUCGUGAAGCUGGCGGAACUGCUGAACACCCAAUAAUACAAGUUGACAACGAAGAUAUAGCCGUUAUGUUUGAUCCACCCCAUUUGUUGAAAAAUGCACGAAAUGCACUUUAUAAGUACAACGCUGUAUUCGAAGACCAGAUAGCCUCAUUUAAUCACAUCAAGCUUCUUUUUGAAACUGACGUGGCAUCCACGUUGCGUUUAGCUCCCAAACUUCUUUAUAAAGCUAUUCAACUUCCACCGUUUUCGAAAAUGAAUGUUUCUAUAGCAACACGUACGUUAAGCGAAUCAUGUGCUAUUGCCAUUCGACAUUAUGUGGAAAUAGGAUCACUACCAACAGCAGCACUACAAUCAGCGUCUUUCAUCGCACUCCACGAUAAACUAUUCGAUACAUUCAAUUCGAAAGAACGUUACGUGAAUUCAAUUGGCAAGCCUUACAGAACUCCAAUAACAGACAAUUCUGUGCAUCUUAAAUUUCUAGAGGAAACACAACGAGUCUUCAAGACAAUGUACUAUACUGUAAAUACGUGCUUCAACAUUAAAACAGUAAAAAAAAAUUUGGGCCUAUUCGAACUCAUUACUUAUACCAAACAUAUUAAUUAUUUUCAGGCAAAAAAAUUGUCCAGAGCACUAACUAGUGCCCAAAAACGUCCGGUAUACCUUAAAGGUUUUAUAGGGAACAUCAACGCUUUGAAGUGGAUUUGGAACACGCUAAAAGAACAAUACAGCUGCAAUUAUUUAUGCACAAACCCACUGUGCCAGGACUGCUUGGAGAACUUUUUUUCUGAAAUUCGACGCCGUUGUGGGUUUAAUGAAGCUCCUAAUGCUUUCCAAUUUUGCACUGCAUUUAAAUAUGCCAUGAUAUCAUCCAGUAAAUCAAGUAACAUCUCCAAUGAUGGCAUGAAUUGUGAGAACGAUAGGCUUCCAUUUUUCCUGAAUGAGGAAGAUCUUGAAGAAACUUUCACGGCGGUGUCAAACACUCCCACAUUUGAUUUCGAACCAUUAAAUGUUGAUGCACCCUAUCAGUUCCUCGCGAAGGACAUAAACGCAUUGAUAUAUAUCAUUGGAGCAGCAGUUCAUAAACUGCCUCAUGCAAGAUGUCGUUCAGUGUUGAAAAUUGAACAGGAACGCUUCCUCGCAUAAUGAAGAUUACGCGUUUUGCAAAUUAAAAUCUCAAUUUUCUUUUCGUCAGAUUAAUAUUCCUAACAACAAACUGUAUGAUAUUGGAUUAGUUUCAUUUGCCGUAUUUAAACAAAAAUUUAAAAAAAUUUUAUAUGAGAAUAGAAAACAUGUUAAAUUGCGAAU